CACGAAAAAGAAUUGCUCUCACAAGCUAUCACUGGGCUUCACCUUCUCCCUCUAGAAGGAAGCUUUUCCCUCUUUUAUUCGCCGGAGCCCGCCGCAUUCUCCGGCCGCAAUCCGCCAUGGGUUCGACCGUCUCCGAUGCGGUUCAGUUCUACUUCAUAUUCGUUUCUCUCCUUCUUUUCUUUGGAAUUUCCGCAGCGUUGCCGGAAUAUUCGAAGCCUCGCCUGUUGUCUCCUUCCGCGAAUUCCUCUGGCCAGAUUAACUCCAACUCGGUUCUCGUCGCUUUACUGGACUCGCAUUAUACUGAGCUUGCAGAGCUGAUUGAGAAGGCUUUGCUGUUGCAGAAUCUAGAAGAUGCUGUUGGAAAUCAUAAUUUGACUAUUUUUGCGCCGCGAAAUGAAGCUUUGGAGCGCGAUCUUGACCCUGAGUUCAAGCGGUUUCUUCUCGAGCCGCGGAAUUUGAAGUCGCUUCAGACGCUGUUGAAGUUUCAUGUCAUUCCUUCUCGGAUUGGAUCGGGCGAGUGGCCGAGGAAUGCUGAGUCGACUCGUCACCAGACGCUCUCUAGUCAUGUCCUCCGAUUGACUCACCACCGCACAGGAGAACGAACCGUCGAUCUCGCCAAGGUUAUUCAAGCCGACGCCAUUACUCGGCCCGACGGCGUCAUCCACGGGAUCGAGAGGCUGCUCAUUCCUCAAUCCGUACAGGAUGAUUUCAACCGCCGACGGAAUCUUCAGGCAAUAACCGCCGUGAAACCGGAAGGAGCACCGGAAGUCGAUCCGAGGACUCACCGUUUGAAGAAGCCGGCUCCACCAGCCGAACCGGGCUCUCCCCCGGCCCUUCCUAUAUACGACGCAUUGGCUCCAGGACCGUCGCUGGCUCCGGCUCCCGCGCCGGGACCAGGCGGUCCUCACCACCACUUCAACGGGGAGCGGCAAGUGAAAGAUUUCAUUCACACUCUUUUACACUACGGCGGUUACAACGAAAUGGCGGACAUAUUAGUGAAUCUAACGUCCUUAGCCACGGAAAUGGGGCGGUUAGUUUCAGAGGGCUAUGUGUUGACUGUUUUGGCGCCGAACGACGAGGCGAUGGCGAAACUGACGACGGACCAACUGAGCGAGCCUGGGGCACCGGAACAAAUUAUGUACUACCAUUUGAUUCCAGAGUAUCAGACGGAGGAGAGCAUGUACAAUGCGGUUCGCCGAUUUGGAAAAGUCCGAUACGACACUUUAAGACUGCCGCAUAAAGUGGUUGCGCAAGAGGCCGACGGUUCAGUCAAGUUUGGGCAGGGAGAUGGCUCGGCGUACUUGUUCGACCCUGACAUUUACACCGACGGCCGUAUCUCAGUGCAGGGGAUUGACGGAGUUCUGUUCCCGCUGGAGGAAACGGAAGCGAAACUGUCGGCAAAAACAGUUCAACACGUGAAGGUAGUGGCCAAGCCAAGGAGAGGGAAGUUGCUUGAAGUGGCAUGUCGGAUGCUAGGAGCCUUUGGCCAGGAUUCGCAUUUCACAACUUGCCAAUGAACAGUUUUCCCCUCCAAGAGACAGAUGCAGAAAUGUUCUUCAUGAAGAUGUAGCCCUCCUUUAAUGGGUAAACUUGGGAUGAUCUCCAUCCCCUUUUUUCUCUCUUUUUUUCCCCAUUAUUUUCAUGUGAGCUUCAGUAAAGAAAAGAAAAUCCACUGUGAAUUUCAAUCCUCAGCUAUACUAUUCAGUACAUAACUGUGUGUUUCUUUUUCUUAGAUUUUUUUUCUUCUCUUUUAUAAUUUAGUUCAUAUGGUGAUGAGUGCUUAAGGUGGUUGAAAUGGGCAAAAACAUAGGAUGGGGUGGAGCGUCUUGUUGUGUAUUAUUCCCCCACUGCAUAAUAAAUUUGAAAGCUGAAAUUUGUGCAACACAAUAAAGCUGUGUUUUCCCUCUUCUA